AUGGAAAAAGAAGUCCUUGAAGUAGUGUUGAAGAAGUUGGACAAGGAGUCAAGAAUCGCUUCGAUUAUAGAUCUCCAGUCGGUGCCAGCUUUACCCAAAGGAGAGAACUAUACCUCGACCAUCCUGAGGGUAACAGCGAAAGUAGUCUUGGGCAACGGAAGGUUGGCCAAGAAGUCCUUCAUCAUGAAGCAGAUCCUUACAGGAGGGGAGGCAGGUGAUUGGUUCAAAGAGAACAAUGUCGCAAAAGAAGAGAGUCAUGUAUAUUGCGUAAUACACAAAAAUAUGAAUUACCUAAUGGAAGAAUUCGAAGAUACGGAUGAGACACUUUGGUGUAACUUUAUUCAUUACGAUCCAAAGGAGCUAAUUAUCGUAUUAGAAGACCUCAAGGUAAGCGGGUACAGCGUGGUACCUCGACAGAAAGGCAUGGAUUUGGACCAUGCCAUCCUAUCCCUGAGAGGACUGGGAAGGUACCACGGGAUGGCGAAGGUACUCGAAGAGCGGGGGAUCAUUUCGAAAGAUGACUACAAACCCAAUAGUUUACUAACCGACGUCAAAGUCAUCAAAAGCUUUCUUCAUGCAGGUAUUCUGCACACCUCCAGGGUUAUGCUGCAGUGCUGGGGUCAGGAUUGGGAAGAAGUAGGAAAGAAGCUGAUUAUAUCAUUUGAAGACUUUUAUGAAAAGUACAAGAACUUGGUUAAAUAUGAAGAAUCAGAAUUCACUGUCCUCAACCAUGGCGAUUGCUGGUCGAACAACAUGAUGUUCAAGUACGACUUUCAGAAGAGACCAAUAGCAGUGAAGUAAGUAAUAAAAACAGCUGUUUUUAAACGAAUUUAUAAGAAAAUUUUCUGUUCAUAUUACUACGCAUUCUACCUACGAUUCGCCGAGAGAAUCAUAAUUUUCUGCUAAAGACUUAUCACGACUCCUUGGUCAGAUCUUUGGACAAGUUCGGUUAUAGCGGCAAAAAGCCUACUCUUGAGGAAAUAACCGCUUCAAUGAAACGCCUCGAGUUCUUCGGACUAGCCAUAUUCGUCACUGGUUACGCAGGCCUUACUACUGAAUCGACAACCGCUUUUGAUAUCGAAAAGCUUCUAGAAACUGAUGGUGUAGAAGGAUUCGACGAGGAGACUCUCAAAGAACCAGGAAUAAUAGAAAGGAUGGGACCAGACCUCAUCGACUUUGUCGAAAAACA